AUGGAUAUUGAUAAACUAUUCAAAGUGCCAAAACUUCCUGCAGGCGGUAACAAGAGGAAACUUCCCGACAACCCCACUCCAGAGAUGUUGAAGAAGCUGAAAAUGGAUUCCUCUACACCUAGCGUGUUUGCAGGAGAUCCCAGCCGGUACUACUCUACCCAAGCCAAGGGGGAGACCAAUUCAGCCAAGUCGGCGACCAUCCGGGAUGCACAGGACCAGGUCGCGGAUGAGAGCUUUGCUCCUGGAGGAGAUGCAGACUAUUUCGCGGAAGAGGACGACGAAGGACGUUUCUUUGGAGGAGGUUUGACGUCUGAACAGAAGACCAUUCUCAACAUAUUCGAUAACUCAACGGGUGAAGGUAUCCAAGAUGUUCCGCAAGAACUAUCCAUCACCCUUGUCCGAAAGUCACUGCUCACUUUUGAGCGCUGUGUAAAUAAAAAUCAAGAACAGCGUUCAAAAUAUCCUAACGAUCCUUCUAGAUUCAUUGAUUCCGAGGCAGACCUGGAUAGUGUCAUAAAAUCCAUGUUAUCCUUAUCUCAGGCGCCUGUACUUGCAUACCCCGAGUUAGUGCGCUCCGGAGCGGUGGCGUUGCUCAUUGGACUCCUCGCUCACGAGAACGUGGACAUCGUCAUUGACGUAGUCGAACUGAUCCAUGAACUUACCGAUGAAGAUGUCGGCAACGACCUUGAGAAUGAUGAAGCGUUGGAGGAGAUUGAGGCGGCCUUAAAACUCUUGAUUGACAGUUUGGUAGAGCACGCGAUCCUAGAGCUGUUGGUUGAUAAUUUAUCUCGCAUGAACGAAACAGAAGAAUCUGAUAAACAGGGAGUUUUCCAUGUUCUGGCUGUUUUUGAAAACAUUCUAGGUUACAACCCAGAUCUUGCCUUACAACUUGUUUCCAAGACGAAUGUUCUGCCGUGGUUGUUAAACCGUCUGCAAUCAAAGACGCACGACGAAACCCGAGGAUAUGCCGCAGAACUACUCUCAAUUCUACUCCAAAAUAAUGUAGAUAAUCGGAUACGCUUCGGCAAGGAAAAUGGUGUCGAAUUGCUUCUAAAGGUUCUUUCGCAAUACAGACGGAAGGAUCCUGUGGACCCCGAUGAGACCGAGUUCAUGGAAAACCUGUUUGACUCGCUAUGUUCAGUCUUGAACGAACCCUCUAUCAAACAGCUCUUCCUCUCAGCGGAAGGGCCAGAUUUAAUGAUCCUCAUGAUGAAGGAGAAUAUGCAGUCUAAGUCUCGUGCCAUCAAGGCUCUUGACUACGCCAUGUCGGGAACGACGAGCUCAGGCGUGUGUGAAAGUUUUGUGGAGGCUCUUGGCUUGAAAGUCCUAUUCGCCGCACUCAUGGGAAAGUCGAACAAGAAACAUAAAAUGCAUGCUGCCUCUUCGGCAUCAGCGUCCGAAGACAUUACCCAUAUUCUUGGCAUCAUCGCAUCACUAUUCACUCAUCUAGCUUCUGAUUCUCGAGGUCGCAUCCGUUUACUAGCAAAAUUUGUGGAGGGAGAUUACGAAAAGGUUGACAGACUAAUAGAACUCAGAGAUGCUGCACAAAGUCGCCUCAGGAUGACUGACUUGGAGCUUGACGCGGAGAGACAACUUUCUGAGGACGGUGAGGCCACUUCCUCGGAGGACGCAGACUCAACAUACGUACGAAGAUUAGAAGGAGGUCUCUUUACGCUUCAAACUCUGGAUUAUAUCCUGGCCUGGCUGAUCAUGGAGGAUGAUGGGAUCCGCCUUCACGCUAUUCGCAUGUUGAGCCGAAAAAAUCAAUCUGUGAAUAAGAUCGUGGAAACUCUGCGUGUGUAUUAUGACAAUCUUCAAGAUGAAGAGCGACCAAAUGAAACAGAGCACCAUUUAUCUCGAAGAGAAAUAUUACAAGGUUUGAUAGCUGCUCUAGAACCUUCUCAGGAAAAUACAUAG